AUGACUGUGAAGAAAUGGUCUGAAACUCGUUGGGAGAGCCGCCUUGUAAAUGUUAAGGCGAUUCGAUAUCAAAUGCCAGAAAUUUUAAAUGCAUUGGAAGAAGUAUCAAAUACAUCACCAGACUCUUUAUUAAGAAGUGGAUGUAAAUCCUUAGAAGAUGAAAUUAUAAAAGUUAACACAAUAAGCAAAAAUAAGAGCACUAACAUGGAUUUAGAUAUUUCAGCUAGUAUGUUAAAUGGAUUACUCUCAUUUUUUAAUGAUUAUAGGAAUACUGGUUUUGAAUCUGCAAGAACAACUGCUAAAGAUUUGGCAGAAAAAACCGAGUUAGAAAAAUGUUGCCAUGAUCUCCAAAACGUUUUAACUGAAGGUGAAUUAAAAGAUACAAAUUGUCAUGAAUUGUAUGAAGAAUUGCUUAUUUUUUGUACUAUGAUUUCUGAAGAAACGACAGCUUUUCAAGCUCUUUCAGUAUUAAAAAAAUGUUGCGGUUCUUAUCCAAAUAUUUCAAUUGCACUCAGAAUAAUUCGCUCAAUUCCGGUAACCUCUGCUAGUGCGGAAAGGAGUUUUUCCAAAUUAAAAAUAAUAAAAAACUACUUAAGGAGUACUUUAUCACAGUGUAAGCUUACAAGCCUAGCUACUCAGUCAAUUAAACAAGAAAUUAGUGAUUCAUUAGAUUUUAAUGAGCUAAUUGACAUUUUUGCUGCAACCAAGACCAAAAAAAAAUUUUUUUGA